AUGUCUCAGACUCAGAGACAAGACCAAUUCAUUGCCAAUGACGUGACAUCGAACUCCUCCAAUACCACUCGUCCUAUGCUCAUUAAAGAGUACAAGAAAAUUGGUCACGGUGCGUUCGGAACCGUGGUUCAGGCGUUUUUGACACCGGACAACAACAAGUGGUAUGGGCCGUUUGCAAUCAAGAAAGUGCCGGCACAGACGGAGUACAAAUCCCGUGAACUGGAAAUUCUACGGAUUGCAGACCACCCCAACGUCGUCAAACUCGAGUACUUCUUCACGCACGUCUCACCGCAAGACAACAAAAUGUACCAGCAUCUUGCAAUGGAAUGUCUUCCGGAAACUCUGCAGCUCGAGAUUCAUCGUUAUGCCUCGAAUAAGUUGGAACUACCCUUGAAACACGCCAAGCUCUAUACCUACCAAGUGGCGCGUGGUAUGUUGUAUCUGCAUGCACUAGGCAUCUGCCAUCGUGAUAUCAAACCUUCGAACGUUUUAGUUGACCCAAAUACAGGGGUCCUCAAGAUCUGCGAUUUUGGGUCUGCCAAAAAGCUCGAACAGAAUCAGCCUUCUAUUAGUUAUAUAUGCUCUCGUUUUUACAGAGCACCAGAACUAAUUGUCGGAUGCACACAAUACACUACACAGAUAGACAUUUGGGGACUUGGCUGUGUCAUGGGCGAAAUGCUGAUAGGAAAGGCAGUUUUCCAAGGUCAAGAGCCACUACUACAAUUGCGGGAAAUUUCAAAGCUGCUUGGUCCUCCAGAUAAAAGAUUCUUGUUCUUCUCGAACCCAUCCUACGAUGGACCACUUUUUUCGAAGCCUUUAUUCACUGGGUCGGUCGCUGAAAGAUUUGAAAAGCACUUCGGCCAAGCAGGCUUAGAUGGUGUAGAUCUAUUGAUGAAAAUACUCACAUAUGAACCCGAACGCAGACUCUCACCAAGACGUAUCUUGGCCCAUCCAUUCUUUGAAGACUUGAAGAAAGAACGGUAUUUCUUCCCCAGAGGUCACACGCAACCGAAAUGUUUACCUGAGUUGUUUGAUUUUACGCCUUUUGAACUUCAGGUCAUCGGUGAGCUAUCGUCCGAGAUAUUACCCCUGGAAUAG